CUGCCUAUGAAACUUUUGUUUUUUUUUCCCUCCAUCAACUUCAGUUGUUGCUACAAAGCUGGUGACAGAGAAAGCCUUUUAGUUUCCCAGAGCAUACCAUCGUACAACAAUUCAGGAAAUCACUGGCUACUGAGCUCCGCAAAGAUUCUUUAAACCCCCCAAAGAGAAGAUACUAAGCACUUUGCACUGUCCCUGAAAACCUCGGCUCCUCACAAAUCUUUAUUAAGUUUCUGCUUUCCUGUUGCCAUGGAGAAGGUCCAGUACAUGACCCGUUCUGCUCUGAGGAGAGCCUCAACUAUUGAGGUGAACCCACAAACACGCCAAAGGCUUCAGGAGCUCUUUGUAAAUUUUUGUCUUAUCUUAAUAUGCCUCUUGCUUAUCUGCAUCAUUGUGAUGCUUCUCUGAAGGCCGGCAUCUUUGAUGGAUCUUCACUGCACUAAACAAUGCGAAAAGCACGCCAGAGAGGGGAAGAGAACCAAACAAAACAAGAAUCUUCCAGCAAAUGGAAAUCCUUGCAAGAAAGUCCAGCAUGGACUAAGUGAUUGCUCACCAGCUGCAUUAUUCACUUACUAGCCACCGUAACCAAGUUAAGAGCAUCUGUAUCAAACAGCAGUUUGAAACCUAAUACUAAUGAUUUCAAAUUAUCACAAAGCUAUGCAUGAGCUAUUUGUCUUGCUAUAAAGAAAGAGGGAGGAAGUCUUUCGUGGAUGUUGCAGACUAGUGUUCUUCAUGACCUAUUUUUAUUGAAUUGAUGGUGUUAGUGAAAACCACCACAAAAUGCUCAUGAAUGCUGAAUGUUUGGGUUCAGGUGAUUUAUGUACUAUUGUUAACCAACUACAACUGCUGCAUUUUAUGUUUCAAUAAUGAAUGGGAUGAGUUUGUCCAUGAAAAAGCUAUUAGUAGGUACACUUAGAUCUUGAUGUCUUAUUAAAAUAUCUUGAAGAACUAUCCUUAAAAUUGUUACUAUUUGAACUGUUAAUUCAAACUAUUUAAUAUUAAAUCAUUGCAUGGUCACUGGCUUUUUCAUCUGAAAAAUAAAUGUAUUCAGCUAACCUAUAUAGAAUGAAGUUGAUUAUCCAUCUUCAUCCACAAGUAGGUUGAUUAUCUAUAGAGAUCAGUGUGUCAUUUGUCAGAAGCAAGCUGAAAGCAAGACUGAGAUCAAGACUAUACCUAAGCAUACGCAUAACCAUAAGCAUUAAGUACGUAUAUUUAUUAAUGCUGGAUAUUCCGUUUUGGCUUUCAAAACAAGAUGGUGAGGAAUAGGUGGGAGACACUAUGUUGCUUGCUUCCAGAUCAUGCAAAAUGAGAUUUUAACACUGGUAUUUUAAUACAAAAAACCAAGCAACAGAACAAAACUAAUACCCAUAAAAGAAAGUGUGAAUGAAAGCAUUUUUGCAGAGCUGAACACUAGUUAAACAGAACCAACACUCCCAGUCUCAAAUGUCUUGAGAAAAAUAUUCUGCUUUUUUUCAUUCUAUAAUAGGAGCUCCAAGAAAUAAGGUUUAUCCGUAAAUUGUCCACCAACUAUGAUUAAGACUACAGCUCAUUUCACUAUUAGCAAGUGCUCUGGAAUCAAUUUCAAGUUAUGAUUUCAAACCAUGAGUUUCAAUCAUUGUUGUGCCUGCAGCCAAUAUAAAUCAAUCUCUGGUUAAAGUUGUUAGGGGUAAUUCAUGCCAAAAGAGGGUAGGUUCUACGUAACAUAGCAUGUGAUGCUGUGUCAGACUUAAUCAGAAAAGCACCAGAGAAUAUUAUACAUGCACCACUCUGCCUUUCUUUAAGCUGGCCUCGUAAAUCUGUGGUAUCUACACUAUAGUUCCCAAGUCCAGCAUCUGAAGGUUUUAUAUAUGCAUAAUACUUUGGUUGUGUGAAUCCAGACUGAACCUUUCUACCACUUCUAUGAAGUGUGCAUGCAGUCCCUUUAAUUAUGGAUGUAUAAGCUGUCACUUUAGCAGAUGUCAUUAGAAGCAAAAUAUUAAUGAUUUAUUACAUGAUUCGACUUGUUCAAGAUAUUGAAAAUUUAUGUGUUGGAUGUGAAUAUAUUUUCCCUUGUUGAAAAAUAGCCCUUUGUUCUGAUCAAACAAAUAAAUUUGUGGCCAGAAAUAAAAAGGAAAGCUACCUGAUUAGUAAAAUGCUCUCAGGUCAUUUCUGUUAAUUUUAGUUUUGCAAAGCAAAUAAAUUCAAUACA